CGAUCCUACAUUUGGAUGUACUGACACCUGGCCUCGCAUAUAUAAGGACCCCAAGUCGCUCCUGCUACCCCAUCAUCAACAUUGCAUCCUUUCUUUACGAUGGUUACUACUACUACUGCGUGUUCUGGCUAUGGCGGGUGGCUUCCUAAGCAUCCCGAAAUCUACCAGAGCUUCUUUAGAAAUCUCAUCCGGCACACCUUGGAUCGUGCCGAGCGAUCUACCACGCACGAACCUGCUGUUGCAGAUUUCGAGAAAGCAAUCAAAGAUGACCCUAUCAUGACGUCUUUGUUCGACCAAAUAUUCCAACAAGUCGAUGAGACGAACAAGGUCAAAAACUUCGACCACUUGUUGUCCAUGCUCGACACUAUCGUCGUGAAAGCGCCUUCGUAUGAAGUAGCAACAGACGGGAAUGGCAAUGAACUCAGCGAGCCCAUCGGCGUGCCUAUCUACCUCAUUUUCGAUCUGCUCAGCAACACGGCUGCGGGCUAUGACCUGUUCCGCAUGGAAGCGUUUAACCGUGCGCUCAAAGCCUUGUUGGACAGUUGGGGCAGAUUCCUCAUGCAACCUAGAUCGAAUGAGACGCUUAAUACGACCAAGACCGGCUGGUUCGGAGAGGCUGGAAUUAAGGCUCUCUCGGAGUAUUUGGGGCAAUAUACAUUCGAGGAGACAUUCGAGUGUCCUGACCCAGCGGCUGAUAACAGAGGGUUCCUAACCUGGGAUGCCUUCUUCACUAGAGAGGUUCAGCCAAACGCGCGCCCCAUCAAAAAAGAUCACAUCAUAUUGAAGCCAAGUAGACCCCCUCACACUGCGGAAAUCCCUCUCCCACUAGCGACUACCAUCUAUAGCGCCUGUGAAUCCACCGUCUUUCGCAUUUCUAGGAACGUUAAGCAGCAUGACCAGUUCUGGCUCAAAGGCCAGUCAUACUCCCUUUACGACAUGCUCAACCGCGACGACCAAUACGCCAAGCUGUUCGAGGGCGGGACUGUCUAUCAGGCAUUCCUCGGCCCCACCGACUUUCACCGCUGGCACAGCCCCGUCAAGGGCGUAAUCGAAAAAGUUGUGUUGAUUGACGGAUCAUACUACGCUGUGAUUCCCGAUGCUGGGGCGGAGCCGGGUGACCCCGAACGCCCGGUGGGUGACCCCCAUGGUGCAUUGAUUCGUUCCCAGCCCUUCCUCACCAUCGAGGCCACUCGUGCAUUGAUCUACAUCGCGUCAGACCUCGGCAUGAUAUGCUUCAUAGGAGUGGGGAUGGCGGAGGUGUCAACGUGUCAUGUGAGAGUGAGACAAGGUGAUUUAGUGGAGCCGGGCACGGAACUCGGGAUGUUCCACUUUGGUGGGUCUUCAUCCGCUAUCAUCUUCCCCAGCGGGGUUGCAUUUGUGGAGGACGCGGACAACGGGGUCGUAGUAGGCGAGCACGUCUGGGUUAACUCGGUCCUUGGAGUCGCUCAGCGAGUCUUGCCACUUGAUGCGUAGAGCGUUUUGCCAAACAUCCUUUUAUCGAAGUGUCAUAUCUUCAAACUGGAGCUAUUACGGAAACCAGAUGUAUACGCUUUCUGUACGAUUAGGUCUCGUCAGUCGGUCUUGUACUACUAAUAUGAUGAUGUCAUGUUUGAUUUGUUACCGCGCUUUGCUAUACAACCUUCAAGUGCCACGCCGAAAACACUUGGACAAACCCAAACAUUUGAAGAAGGCACCAUGU